AUGGACCCCUUCAAGUACAUAUUUGAAAAACCAACCCUCACCAGCAGAAUUUCCCGAUGGCAGAUGUUGUUAUCAGAAUACGACAUCCUUUAUGUCACGCAGAAAGCCAUCAAGGGUAGUGUACUAGCGGACCAUCUUGCUCACCAGCCAAUGGAGGAUUACCAACCCUUAAAGUUUGAUUUCCCAUACGAGGAUAUUAUGGUUGCCAAAGACUAUGAGUUCCCUGGACUUGAUGAAGGACCGGAACCAGGGGAGCGAUGGACUCUUAUGUUCGAUGGUGCUUUAAAUGCUAUAGGCCAUGGAGUUGGGGCAUCAUUGAUGUCUCCCAAGAAUUUUCAUCUACCAUUCACAUCAAAGUUGUGCUUCACCUGUACAAACAACAUGGAUGAAUAUGAAGCUUGCAUACUGAGACUAGAAGAUGCUAUUGAGUUAAUGAUCAAAGUCCUUGAAGUGUAUGGAGAUUCCUCUCUAGUGAUACACCAGAUCAGAGGAGAUUGGGAAAUGAGACAUGCUAACCUAAUUCCCUAUUGGGAUUAUAUGAUGAAGUUGCUCCCAAAGUUUGACCAAAUCACUUUCUCCCAUAUUCCUCGAGAAGAGAACCAAAUGGAAGAUGCUCUAGAAACCCUGGCAUCCAUGUACAAUUUGAUAUGGCCUAACCAUCAACCUGAUAUUGAAAUCAGGCGUUGUGAAGAACCGGAUGAUUGUUUAACAACCACGGAAGAAAUAAAUGACAAACCCUGUUUCUUUGAUAUCAAACACUAUCUUGAGAAACAAUAA